CCGCACUACUAAUCCCAUGCGUCAUCUGAUAGGCAUGUGCCGUUUAAAGACUGUUUCCUUUUCAAAACAUUUGUCUCAGCAGAUUGUCGGUUUAUGUCUGGUUUUGGACAUUGACAUUGAAGUGUGGUCCUCCCUGUGGAAAAUCUUCUGAUGUUUGGCUGUUAGUCUGGUGCUUUAGAGGACAUCCUCUUUCUCACUGACCCGUCUCAGAUCUCGUCUGUACAGCUGAUGACGGUUUAAUCGAAGCGCAGCAUCAUGGAUGAGGACAGCAAACCGUUACUGGGAUCAGUGCGAGCUGGGGACUAUUGCACUGAUUCACUGGACCCCAAACAGAGGAGGCCGUUCCACGUGGAGCCAAGGAACAUUGUGGAGGACUCUUCGGCACAAGAGAGGGUUUCUGCUGAAGCUGCGGUGCUGAGCAGCAGAGUCCACUACUACAGCCGUCUCACCGGCUCCUCAGACAGACUGCUGGCACCGCCAGACCAUGUGAUUCCUUCUCUCGAGGACCUCUAUAUCUACAGUCCACUGGGAACAGCGUUCAAAGUCCAAGGAGGCGACAGUACUGCCAAAAACCCCAGCAUUGUCACAAUCUUUGCCAUAUGGAACACUAUGAUGGGAACAUCUAUAUUAAGUAUACCAUGGGGAAUAAAACAAGCUGGUUUCACUCUGGGCAUCAUCAUCAUUGUUCUCAUGGGCCUGCUGACGCUUUACUGCUGCUACAGAGUAUUAAAGUCCACAAAGUCCAUACCUUAUAUGGAUACCUCAGACUGGGAGUUUCCUGAUGUGUGUAAAUAUUACUUUGGGGGAUUUGGAAAAUGGUCGAGUCUCAUCUUCUCACUGGUGUCACUGGUUGGUGCAAUGGUGGUCUACUGGGUUCUCAUGUCCAAUUUCCUGUUCAAUACUGGGAAAUUCAUUUACAACUAUGUUCACAAUGUCAGCUCAUCAGAUACUUUUGGCACAAAUGGAACAGAUAGAGUGAUCUGCCCGUAUCCAGAUGUGGAUCCACACGGGAACAGCAGCGCUCUACUGAACUACGCGCGUGAGAACAGCACAGGUCAUGUGUUCGACUUCUGGUGGAGUAAAACCAACACCAUCCCGUUUUACCUCAUCGUUCUGCUGCUGCCGCUGCUCAAUUUCCGCUCCGCGUCCUUCUUCGCCAGGUUCACUUUCCUAGGCACUAUAUCGGUGGUCUAUCUCAUCUUUUUGGUCACAUAUAAAGCUAUUCGAUUGGGCUUUCACCUGGAGUUCCACUGGUUCGACUCUUCAAUGUUUUUUGUUCCAGAGUUCAGAUCCAUGUUUGUUCAGCUGAGUGGAGUUCUCACAUUAGCAUUUUUCAUUCACAACUGCAUCAUCACGCUUAUGAAGAACAACAGACAUCAAGAAAACAAUGUGCGGGAUCUGUCCUUGGCGUACCUGCUGGUGGGACUGACGUACCUGUAUGUGGGAGUGCUGAUCUUCGCUGCUUUCCCAUCACCCCCGCUGUCUAAAGAGUGCAUCGAGCCUAACUUCCUGGAUAACUUUCCCAGCGACGAUGUGCUGGUGUUCGUGGCGAGGACCUUCCUCCUGUUCCAGAUGACCACUGUGUAUCCGCUGCUCGGGUACCUGGUGCGCGUGCAGCUCAUGGGACAAGUCUUCGGGGAUCAUUACCCAGGUUUCCUCCAUGUGUUUGUGCUGAACGUCCUGGUUGUCGGAGCUGGAGUUGUGACGGCCAGGUUUUACCCCAAUAUUGGCUCCAUCAUCAGGUACUCGGGGGCCAUCUGUGGCCUGGCUCUGGUGUUCGUGCUCCCCUCUCUGAUCCACAUGGUGUCUCUGAGACGCAGAGGAGAGCUGCGCUGGCCCUCGGCGCUCUUCCACGGCCUCCUCAUCCUCCUCGGGGGGGCCAACCUGAUCGGACAGUUCUUCAUGUGACCGGUCCAGCUCUCAUAGGAGGCCAUUCUGCAUUAACCUACUAAACAAGUACACGUGAUUUUCAUCUCAAGAAACUCACCCGAAGAGACCAAACAUCGAAGUUUUGACAUUUUAAAAAAGUUAUAGAUUUUUCAUAUUGCUUUUAACUGCUCUUCCUUGCUCAAGUUUCAACAGGGAUUUGAUCAUUUAAAAAAAAAAAAUCUUUAUAAUCGCAAUAAUCGUCAUGAAUGCGGAGUUGAUGAGCAGAUGUGAGUUCUGCCUAACGUCACUGUUGCUUCCAGUUACUCACAAGUUCUCAACCGAGAGCGAGAGGAAGUCAGGUGAUCUCGUAGCUCUGUCCCGGUCCUCACUGUGACAGUGUUGUGAAUGCUGAAAUAUAACCUGUGUGAUUAAUGGAUACAUAAAGGGAAACUUCAGUCUCUAGACUGGGUUAUUGGUGCACAUUUCCUGAUGACUGUCUUUAUGUGAGCUGAAUCUGAGCGUACUGAUGCAUUCUGGGUGAGAUUAUGUAGUUUAUGAAGUAUGCGCACAACAAUAAGGGAAGCUUAAAUUUGCACACUUUUGUGAGAUUUCCAAAUCUUGAGUCACUUUUCUGUCUUAUGUUCUUGUGUAUGUUUAAACAAUUAAAUUGAAGUGACCUUUCUAUAUUUGAACUUGCAUUUCAGAGUAUAAAAUGAACAGCAUAGUUAAACCCUAAAACAAAUCCAAUACGAGUGUUCUUGUUAAGAGAGGGUGUUUUAAUGGUUUCCUUCAUAAUGUUUCCACUCACUUUACAAGUGCAAAACUAAAUGUGCUGUUUUUUUACAGGAAAACUGUUGAAUGUGUAAAUGUUUUCAUAUCGCAGCACUUAUUGUAAAGUG